AUGUCUCCUGUUACCAGCUCUCCUACCAAGGCCGGUAGGUGCUGGUAUGCUCGUCCGUUCUUGCCUGUUUCUCACCACGCAACUGAAAAAUCACCUUACUAUCCGCCGUCGAAAUUUGGACAAGACUCUAGCGACGACAAUAACGGCGGGAAGAGUAAAGUGUUUCCAGUAGGAACCACUGACACAUUCAGCAAGUCGCUAUCCUGGACGUUGCUGCUUGCCAGGAUCUUCGGCCUCCUGCCAGUUUCUGCUAAGACUCAGGCAACUGUGACGUCAUUCCUUGCAAUUUUUGGAACAGCUGGUAUGACGUUGCUUGGUCUUCACUGGUGUUUCCUCAACUUUACUGUCUUCAGAGCAACCAAAGUAGUGUUCUACGGCAGUGCGACGUUGUCCUGUGUGCUCCUCCACCGUCUAGGUAAAGCGUGGCCUCGGUUGUCCAACGUGUGGAGACAUGCUGAAGUGUCUACUAAACACCUCGGCUACCGACCUCACACAACCCUUAUCUGUCGGACCUUUACUGCCUUGUACUGCCUAGUAGCUGUGGUGGAACACGCAUUUGCUAUCAUCAAUGCAAUUGUGAACGUUUACGAGUGCUCCGCCCGAAAUGUGUUCAGAAGGUUCUUCAGCAGAUGGUUUCCGCAGCUGCUGACCGUGUUGCCGUACACACCUGCGCUGACUCCUCUAGUGCUGAUGCUGAAUACUCUUGCAACCUUCACAUUCAGCUUCCUAGAUCUCCUUAUCUUCAACCUUGCCUUCUGUUUAUCAUCAAUGUUUUGGGCUUUCAACCGACAGCUGGUUGAAGCCUCUAAACAAACUAUUUCGAGGCCCAGAUGGAGUGACUGGUACAGGGACUACAAUGUGUUGAGGAGACUUGUGACCAUUGUAGACAACCACAUCUCCCCAAUAGUGUUGCUGUCUUUCAUCAUCAACGUCUACCACAUAUGUCUACAAUUGUACUUAAGUCUUACUCCGCUACCCACUCUGGCAAGCAAGGCUUACUUCUGCCUCUCCUUCGGGUUUCUGAUGUCCCGCACUAUCACUGUGUGUCUCGCCUCGGCUUCCAUCCACGAUCUCGCCAAACAACCCAAGUUUGUCAUCUUCUCAGUGCCAUCGGAAGAGUUUGAUGAGGAGGUGGAGAGAUUCCAGUUUCAAGUCUGUAAUGACUCAGUAGCAAUCAGUGCAAUGAGAUUCUUUAUUCUGACCAGGACAACAUUAGUGACUGUGAUUGGUCUUGCUGCUACAUAUGAAGUUGUCAUGUUCCAAAUACAGACGAUGGCCGAAGAAGAAACAGACAUGAAGAGGUUGUCUGCUCACAAUCUUACCACAGAUGUCUGUGAAUAA